CACCAUACUCAGUGCGCUGUCGAACUUCCGACGUGAGUGACAGAGAGUCAGCUGGAAAGUUUUCAGUUAUAAAUGAAGAUUUAAUCCGUACGGUUGAGCAGGGAUUCAUCGACUGUAUAUCAGGAAUCUAUACAAGUAUGCCGGAGAAUAUCUCAAAAACUUUUAAACAGAGAAAAAGUUUCGCUGUGAGAAAAGAUGAAGUGGCAGGAAUCCGAUCAAAGUUUCCAACCAAAGUUCCGGUGAUCGUGGAGAAAUACCACAAAGAAACCCAGCUCCCACUGUUGGACAAAACUAAGUUCUUAGUUCCACAAGAACUCACUAUGUCUCAAUUCGCCACAAUCAUCAGGAAUAGGAUGUCACUGAAUGCCAAUCAAGCGUUUUACCUGAUAGUGAACAACAAGAGUAUAUCAAGCAUGUCAAUGACCCUGGCCGAGGUAUACCGGGAUGAUAAGGAUGAGGAUGGAUUUUUGUACAUGACAUAUGCAUCACAAGAAAUGUUUGGUUGAUGAAACCCUUUCACGUGUAAAUGACAUAUAUCUCAUUAUUUCACUGGAUGGAAGGAUUUCUUCUGUAUAAAACGUAUUGACAAACAGUUUGUUGGUACAGAAACAAAACUUUUGGUUGUUGACAGGAAUGUCUGUAUGGAAUUUACCGAUAUGAUAGAGGAUUUCCUUGGAUGAAGCAACGUGCCAAAAGUACAGGACUAGAUAUAGAGAACAGUUAACCUUUGUCAAAUAGACAUGGGCUUGACUGUGGUGGUGUGCAUAAUUAAAUAUAAACAUACAUCCAGUAAUGUGGAGUAAUUGUUGGAAGGUUGAAUACUGAGUGUGGUAUAUAUGAAUGAAAGGUUAUUUUGUUUGUAUGAUUGGAUCUGAAUGAUAACCAAGUAACAAUUUACUACGACCAUUGACCAAUAUAUUUGUAUUGAAAUUAAAAUGAUAGAAAAAUUCUACUGUCAAAUGUACUAAUGUACAUUGUAUAGCAAAUUAAAUGUAUGAGUUACUGCUCAACUUCACUGUAUAAAGGUCUAAUUCAGAGUCCGAGUAUUUCUCCUUGAUAGAUACACAUGUGCUUGAUACUAUGAUAUUGUACCUUGUAUGCUGUGUUGAUACUGUAAGAAAUACUAGUAAUAUAAACAACAAAAAUUACCAGAGACCAUGUAUCUUAUUAGUUAGUGUGAACUAAACCCCGGACAAUGUGUUUGUGUAAACUGAACAAAGUCAUCAACUAUACAAAUGAUUGUAAUGGUGGUCUAUUUACAGCUACUGAUUAUCUGUGUCACUUCAGAGUUAGACUUUGAUACUGUCAAAGCUACGAGUGUAACCAUGCACUGCAUAUAGUGUACAUUAGACUGCAUGAGAACAUUGUGACAGUGUACUGAAUGAUAUUGAUGUGAUGGUCAAUUCUGGUCAUUGUUCAUGGUCACUUGAUGUAACAGUGUUGAGAGAUGUGAUGAUCAAGGUGAUAACAUGAGACUAAGGAUAUAUUCUAUCCAGUGUUGAUAGUCACUAGAUGAGAGCUUGAGGUGAAAUGCGAGACUAAUUCCUAGUGUUGAUACAUGGUAUUUUGAUAAUUAAAUGUUAUAUUUUUUGUGUGAUCACAAACAGAUGAGUUCUGGUUAAUGAGUCACAACAUUUUGAAUUUCUGUACAGGUGUAAAAUACUCUGUCAACAUUUGUCUACCUGUUUGUCAGAUCGUACUGUAAUCAUUGUGUAUAGGAACGAACAUUUGUCUACCUGUUUGUCAGAUCUUACUGUAAUCAUUGUGUAUAGGAACGAACAUUUGUCUACCUGUUUGUCAGAUCUUACUGUAAUCAUUGUGUAUAGGAACGAACAUUUGUCUACCUGUUUGUCAGAUCAUACUGUCAUCAUUGUGUAUAGAAACAAAAUGAAUUGUUACUGUCAUCAUUGUGUAUAGGAACAAAAUGAAUUGUGACUGUCAUCAUUUUACACAUCCAUAUGUAAAUAUAUUGCAUAUGAAUUCUGCCAUUAAUUUCACUUAAUCAUUUUAUACUUUCAUGGACAUGUAUAUUUCAUCAAAAUUUAAAUUAAACCUAAACCCUAACUUUAUAGUUUUCAAUAGAUGCUAUAUUAUCAAGAUCACAUUGUGGUCUUAUUGUCUUCACUUUGCUUUCGAGAUAUUUUGAAGAAGGAAACAAACAUAAAAAAUGUUUAAAAAACUUUAAUUGUUUCCAGAAUGAAAUGCAUAUAGACUGGCAGCUACAGUCUGCCAUGAACAUUGAAAUUUUCUGCUGGGCAUUUAAGUACAGUUAGUGUUCCAUACAGCAUAAUGUGAACAAAAAUUUAAAUAAUAUUUCAAAAUUUAUACAUAUUGCUCCAUGUAACAGGCACUUCAAAAGUCAAAUACUAGUAUAGAAUACACACAAAUACAAGUAUAGAAUACACACAAAUACAAGUAUAGAAUACACACAAAUACAAGUAUAGAAUACACACAAAAUUAUUAUUUUCAGAUAUACAUACAUUGCACAACUGUGUAUCCAAAACAUUUCCAUUUAUUAGGUACAUGUUAUUAUAUAAAUCACAUCAUGGUGUAUUGGAAAAAAGAUUUGUAGAGGUUUCAUGUAAUACCACACGUCACCAUGUAAUUCUUCCCCUGUUAUCAUCCUUAUAUAAGUGCUAUGAAUACCGUAUGUCAAACAAAGAGUGCUAUAAAUACUGUAUGUCAAACAAAGAGUGCUAGAAAGUCUCUCCAUCCAUCUCCUGUGUUUGUUGGCCGUUCUAGAACAUGUAAAUGGAUCUUAUCCUUUGAAUUAUAUUUGAUAUUUAGAUGUUUAUUUGUACAGAAAAUUACCCUUUUUCUCUUAUUAACAUGACUAUAUAGUGCAAUAAUCAACUUUUUCAUCAACUUAAAUAAGCUAGGGUAUUUAUGAUUAGCUUGACCUAUUGUGAUAUUACUUUCUUAUGCUGCAUCGAUUGUUUAAAAAAUGUUAACAAUUUUUAGUUAAUAACCCUUUUUAUAGCUGAUUGCUUUAGUUAAUUACAUAACUGGUUAGUUAUAAAACUUUCUACAGCUGGCUGUUAUGGUUAACUACAUUACUGGUUAGUUAUAAAACUUUCUACUAGUAGGCUGUUAUGGUUAACUACUUUACAAGAUAGUUAUAACACUUUCUACAGCUGGCUGUUAUGAUUUACUACAUUACUGGUUAUAUAUAACACUUUCUAUAGUAGGAUGUUAUGGUUAACUACAUUACUGGUUAGUUAUAACACUUUCUACAGCUGGAUGCUAUGGUUAACUAUAACUAGUUAGAUAUAAUAUAUUCUAUAGCUGGAUGUUAUAGUUAUCUACAUUACUAGUUAGUUAUAUACUGUCUACAGCUGGCUGUUAUGUUUAACUACAUUACUAGUUAGUGUUACUACAUGUAUAGCUGGAUGUUAUGGUUAACUACAUAAAUAGUUAGUUAUAACACUUUCUAUAGCUGGCUGUUGUGAUUAACUACAUUACUAGUUAUAAUAUAUCCUAUAGCUGAAUGUUAUAGUUAUCUACAUUACUAGUUAGUUAUAUACUGUCUACAGCUGGAUAUUAUGGUUAACUUCAUUACUGGUUAGUUAUAACACUUUCUGUAGCUGAAUGUUAUGGUUAACUACAUAAGUGGUUAGUUAUAAAACCAUCUACUUCUGGAUGUUAUGUUUAACUAUAUUACAACUUAACAAUUACACUUUCUUCAUGUGUACAUGCUAUAAGGGUAAACGACUUGAACAAAGUAUAUGAUGUACUAUGUGUUUAUAUAUUGAUGUAUUGAACAUAUUGAUAUUCCAAACACAAAUCACAUUGAUUGUUGACAGUUGAAGUAGUACAAACAUAUCUAUACCUUUCCAGGGCCACAUAGUGACCUUGUUACUUAGGAAACUUUACAUUUCCCUGAACAAGAUUAAAUAGGUAUUGAUAUGUAUUGUCUUUGAUAUAUACUCUUUUUAAAAUCCUGACAGAUUUGAUAAAGUCCAGAACUGGACAUAUGUGGAAUGUUCUGUAAUGAUACUGUUAUACACCAUUUCUGAGUAAUGCUGAUCAAUUGUAUGAGUUGUGUUCUGUGUAUGAGGAUCUAUUAUAUAGAUUAAGAUUUGUAAUCGUCUAUUACAUGUCUCCAUGUGCUGCAGUCAUACAUCUUUUAGUAUGAUUAAAGUGUAUUUUUGUAGAGCGA